UUUUCCCUCCCCAUUCACCUCCCCUUCCCACCCCCAAUCCCAAACACUUCGCUCCCCCCCUCAGCGCCUUCUCUCUUUCUUUUUCUCCCUCUACCUCACUCUCUCUCUCUCUCUCUCUCUCUCUGAAUCGCUCGCUCUCUCUUUCUUUCUACCUCUCUCUUCGGAUCAUGGAUUCGCCUUCUCGCUCCUCUGUCAUCAUCGUCGGCGCUGGUGUCUCCGGUAUCUCGGCGGCAAAGGUGCUGGCGGAGAACGGAGUGGAGGACGUGGUGAUACUGGAGGCGUCAGACCGAAUCGGAGGGAGGAUCUGGAAGGAGGAAUUCGGCGGCGCUUCCGUGGAGCUCGGCGCCGGUUGGAUCGUUGGCGUUGGAGGCAGGGAGUCCAACCCUGUCUGGGAGCUCGUCAACAAGGCGGGCCUCCGGACCAUCUUCUCCGACUACAGCCAGGCCCGCUACAACAUAUAUGAUCGCAGUGGGAAUAUAUACCCGAGUGGUCUCGCGGCAGAAUCGUACAAAAGGGCAGUGGACUCAGCGAUGGAGAGGUUCAGGAACGGGGAAGCUGGCAGCCUCUUGAAAGCCAACCCAUUGCCGUCGAUUGCGAAAACGCCAAUAGAGCUGGCCAUCGACUUCAUGCUCCAUGAUUUUGAGAUGCCAGAGGGGGAGCCAAUAUCAACUUUCCUUGAUUAUGGGGAGAAAGAGUUUAUGGUGGCGGAUGAGAGAGGAUAUGCGUAUUUGCUAUACAAAAUGGCGGAAGAAUUUCUCUCUACCUCAGACGGUAAAAUUGUGGACAGCCGCCUCAAACUCAACAAGGUUGUCCGCGAAAUACAGCACUCGAGGAACGGCGUCAGGGUUACAACGGAGGAUGGUUGCGUCUACGAAGCUAAUCACCUAACGUUGUCCGUCAGCAUAGGUGUUCUCCAAAGUGAUCUCAUUUCCUUCAGGCCAUCCUUGCCCAGGUGGAAGACGGAAGCCAUAGAGAAGGUUGAUAUAACCGUCUACACAAAAAUCUUCCUGAAGUUUCCGUAUAAGUUCUGGCCUUGUGGACCCGGAAAAGAGUUCUUUAUAUAUGCCCACGAGCGCCGAGGCUACUACACGUUUUGGCAGCACAUGGAGAAUGCAGUACCCGGGUCCAAUAUUCUGAUGGUAACUUUGACGAACGGGGAAUCAAAGCGUGUGGAGGAUCAGUCAGAUGAAGAGACUCUGAAAGAGGCUAUGUCUGUCCUGAGAGACAUGUUCGGGCCCGAUAUACCUAAUGCCACUGAUAUACUUGUCCCUCGCUGGUGGAACAACCGCUUGCAGCGUGGCAGUUACACUAAUUACCCCAUCAUCUCCAAUUGCGAGGUUGUCCGAAAUAUUAAGGCACCUGUAGGUCGGAUAUUCUUCACUGGGGAGCACACGAGCGAGAGAUUUAGUGGUUAUGUACACGGAGCAUACCUUGCAGGUAUUGACACGGGUACAGCUUUACUACAAGAGAUGAGGAAACUGGAGACGGACGGAAAAGGCCAGAGUCAACAAUUUCUGCCAUUGUUGACGUUGACAGGGUCAUUAUCGUUAACUCAGGCAGAGACGGGAAGCCUGCACAAGCACAAGUGCGAUAUCCCGACACAGUUACAUCUCAGCGGGAAGCUAGGUAUUCCGGGAGCUAGAUUAUGACUCUAUGGACGAACCGCUCGUCCUCAACUCCCUGCUGAUGAUGGUGAUGAAUCGAAGAAGCGUACCAUCAGCAAGGAUGGCCCACAUGAUUCAGGCACUCAAGUUGGAGAACAGAUUAUUAGGAGAAUGAGGAUGGGAGAAGAGGCAGUAAAUAAAAUAGAGAUAGUAUCAGGAUGGAACAAACAAUGAAGGGAAAAGGGAGAUGGGGUUCCUCAAGAAAGAAAUGGGAGCCUACUGGCCAGCCAUUUUAUUUGAUUAUAUAUAUAUUUUUCUCCUUGGGAA